GCCGGGGCGGGGCGGGGCGUGCGCGUCAGUCCGGCUAGAAAAGGCGGCGCCCGGCCCGCCCGAGGACCGCGCUCGCCGUCGGCCCGACGCCGCCAUGAGCGCCGCGCUCUUCAGCCUGGACGGCCCGGCGCGCGGCGCGCCCUGGACUGCGGAGCCCGCCGCCUUCUACGAGCCCGGCCGCGCGGGGAAGCUGGGUCGCGGAGCCGAGCCGGCCGCGCCCGCCAUGUACGACGACGAGAGCGCUAUCGACUUCAGCGCCUACAUCGACUCCAUGGCCGCCGUGCCCACCCUGGAGCUGUGCCACGAUGAGCUCUUCGCCGACCUCUUCAACAGCAACCACAAGGCGGGCGCCCUGGAGCUGCUGCCCGGGGGCCCCGCGCGCCCCGCGGGCCCCGGCCCCGCGCCGCGACCGCUCAAGCGCGAGCCCGACUGGGGCGACGGCGACGCGCCCGGCUCGCUGCUGCCCGCGCAGGUGGCCGCGUGCGCGCAGACAGUGGUGAGCCUGGCGGCCGCCGCGCAGCCCACUCCGCCCGCGUCUCCCGAGCCGCCGCGCCGCAGCCCCGCGCCCCCAGCUCCCGGGGCGGCGCGCGACAAGGCAGCGGGCAAGCGGGGCCCGGACCGCGGCAGCCCCGAGUACCGGCAGCGGCGGGAGCGCAACAACAUCGCCGUGCGCAAGAGCCGCGACAAGGCUAAGCGGCGCAACCAGGAGAUGCAGCAGAAGCUGGUGGAGCUUUCGGCCGAGAACGAGAAGCUACAGCAGCGCGUGGAGCAGCUCACGCGGGACCUGGCCGGCCUGCGGCGCUUCUUCAAGCAGCUGCCCGGCGCGCCCUUUUUGCCCGGCGCGGGGGCGGCGGACGCGCGGUGACGCGGGGGGCGUGCGGGCUGCGGCCGCAGUGCCUGGAACCGCCGUGCCGGACCCCCGGGCGGGGCCGGGACUCGGACAGCUGCCGCGUGGACCCUAAGUUACUGUGACGGCAGCUUCUCUGCAUCCUACGCCCGAGGAGGCAGCUAAGGUACAUUCGUUAGAGAGACUUUUCGGACAAACCUUUGUACUGUAGAUACGAGGAAAAGACUGAGCAUGCUCACUUUUUUAUACUGAUUUUUACAGUAUUUGUAAGAAUAAAGGCGUGUUAGACCCA